CAUUUGUAUUGGCUAUCAGAAGCGCUAAAUCUUGCAAGGUCUUCCUUACUUCAGUCAGAAUGUACUAAUUACCCAUGCUCCUGUUUAUCCGACAGCAGUGCCCCUUGCUCGCUUCUAAUUGUAGAUCACAGACCCAUAACAAAUGCUGAUAAUCCAAGCCCGCUUGGUCACAAGAAUGGCCUACUUCUUGCCGCCUGUGUUACCCGGCCUCCUUCAGCAAUUGGUUCAAGCGAUACUAAACUGGACUUUUAUGAGGGAUCCAGUGUGAAUAUUUCACAGAUCGAGCCUCGAGGUUCUCGGUUAGACCAUGCUUCAUUUCUGUCAAUUGAUGUCGUUGCUAGUCUUCAUCGCAACUCAGCCUCGAACCAAGAUUACCUAUGUACUGGACUAGAUGCUUACGCCUCAUCAGAGCCAUGUGUAAUGUGCGGUAUGGCCCUGUUACAUAGUAGGAUCGGCCGAGUUUUUAUCUGCGCUGGUGGUACACAUACCUGGGGAGCGUUCAGUUCGCCUCUGAGACUACAUAUGAAUAAGAAGCUAAAUCAUCGUUUUAAUGUUUUUGUUUUAUCUCAUUCUGACCAAAAAGCCUCUUGUGGAGCCUAA